AUGCUCUCAGUCCCUGCCGCGCAGCAACAGUAUGAGCGUUUCCACUCAUUAUUUCACCCGACUGACAUCGUCUCUGCUUUCUCCACUCUGCUGUAUUACGAUUACGCUCUCGUGUUACCCACCGAGAUCAAGUAUCUCUGGAAACGCAAGGAGCUAUUCAAAGUCUCCACACUCGUGUACGCCUUGUGCCGCUACGCGCUGGCCGCGAACGUCAUCUUUCUGCUCAACAUUGCCGGUAAACUCGGAAGCCAGUCAAUCUACUGCGAUACCUGGUACAAGGUCCUCGGAGUCAUCAGCGUUCUCGGGAGAGCGGCGGUUAUCUUCACAUUCUUGAUGCGCACAUACGCCGUUUGGAACCAGAACAAGGUCAUACUCAUAGGCCUUGGCUCCAUCGGCCUUGCAUGCGUCGUACUGGACUGCAUGCACGUUCCCGGCCUGAGAUGCCACGGCUCAUCGAGCAUACAGAUCGUAAACACACUCCUGUCCAUCCUGGUGUGCGUCUUCGAGGCGACGGCAACCAUCUUGACGUUCGUGCGCAGCAUCCAGGCACUUCGUUUUGGCGGAGGCGCGAUCGCGCUCAAGAGGCACACGCUCGACUACCUCAUCGUCGAGCAGGGUGUGCUGUACUUCGGGCUCGUUUCCGUCUUCACCGUCGGGGCCACCGUGCUGAACUUUAAAGCCGCCGGCGGCUUCACGCAGCGCCUCCUGAACGCAAUCACCCUCCCGCUCUCGGGCAUGCUCACCGCGCGCUUCAUCCUCCGCCUCCGCGCGUACUCGCAGGACCCGCAGCGGCUCGGCGGCGGCUCGAUGCGCACGAACCUGUCGUCCUUCGCCGCGACGACGGCCCCCGCCGCCGACGGAGGGGGGCGGGGCUGGCACGCGAGCCUCGCGGACGAGUUCGGCGAGGACCCGCUCGGGCUCGUCUUCCGCGCGGUGGAGUCGCGGACGACGGACGGCGGCGAACACGGCGACGACGACGUGGAGGCCGGGCGCGCGCUCGAAGGAGGGGAGGGGGAGGGAGAGAAGCAGCAGCGGGACCGGCGCGCCGUGAGGGAGCUGUUGGGGCAGACGCGGAUGGGCCUGGAGCGCGACGCCGGCGGAGAAGAGUUUUGGGACGAGAAGAGGGGCUUAGGGACGACGACGGUGUUCUCGGCGGAGACGGGGACGUACGUCGGUCGGUCGAGCGUCGGGGAUGGUUCCGAGGGCGGUGGUGGGCAUGCUGAUACGCAAGAGGGACUCGCGGGUUCGAGUUCGGGCCGGGACUAG